AUGCCCAGGCCACGCCUGCCUCUGACGCCGGCAUCGUCCACCGACAUCGCCGCCAUGGACAAGAGCGCAGACGACCUCUACUUCUCGCUCCCGCCCGCAGCCAUCCACGGCGCUGCCACGACUGCCGGCCAGGAGGACGACGGGCGGCGACGCAAGAGACAGCCGGAGUUCAGCCUGCCGCCGCCGCCCACGCGCACCCGCAAGAUCAUCCAGGUCAAGCCCAAGACCCGGCAGGGCGACGACGACGACGCCGAGCAGGCCGCCGGCAGCGGGAGGAAGAAGGCCAGCGCGGCGACCGCGGCCGGACGCAAGAUCGCCAGACGCACCGCACACUCCCUCAUCGAGCGGCGGCGGCGCUCCAAGAUGAACCAGGAGUUCGCCACGCUCAAGGACAUGAUCCCCGCCUGCCGCGGACACGAGAUGCACAAGCUCGCCAUCCUCCAGGCCAGCAUCGAGUACGUCAACUACCUGGAGAGCUGCGUCAAGGACCUCAAGGCGCGGCGGGACGAGACGCCCACCUCGCCCGCGUGGCAGCCGUCCGUCCCGCUCGACGGCACCAGCAGCUACUCCGUCUCGCCCGACCUCGACCCGCUCUGCGCCUCCGCCAUCCCCUCGCCCGCCCAGAGCGCCAGAGAGUGCUCGUCACGUGCCUCCUUCGACAUCAUCCCCAUGGUCCUGCCCUCGCCCGCCCUGCGCCCUACCACCAGCACCACCAGCAACGCCUCCACCAGGUCGUACAGCAUGUCCACCUCGACCACCACCUCCCCGCUGCUCGUCCCCUCCUCCGACGAGGUCGCCGUCCAGGACACCGACAUGGACCGCGAGGCCACCGCCGCCCUCCUCAUGCUCAACAACGACCGCAGACACUCCAACACCCUGCCCUCGCCCACCAUAUGGCCCGACGCCCGGCGCAAGAUGGGCAUGAGCGUGCACGACCUCCUCACCCACUAG